AUGUCUGUCGAUAUCGAGCCCGCCGAGCUGAGCUUCCGACGGCCCUUCACUGUCGAAGUAGCUCAGAUUCUCCGAAUCAAGAACCCAAACCAGUCCCCUAUCGCUUUCAAGGUUAAAACCACCGCUCCGAAGCAGUACUGCGUUCGCCCCAACUCGGGUCGUGUCGAGCCUGGACAAGAUGUGGAGGUUACCGUUCUCCUUCAGGCCAUGAAGCAGGAGCCGCCUCUCGACACCAAGUGCCGCGACAAGUUCCUCGUCCAGUCCGUUCCCAUCACCGCGGACAAGGAGUUCGCGAGUAUUGCCAACAUUUCUGCCGUCAUUGAGAGAAAGAUCCGCGUCAAUUGGCUUACCGCCGAGGACCAGUCCAGUGCCUCCGGUUUGGCCUCCACCCCGAACCGGCACUCCGUCGUGAACGGCGACCACACUCCCGAUGUCUCGCACGUCUAUUCAUCCCCCGGUCCAGAGGCCGAUGGUUCCGGUAGUCCCGGUGCUUCGGCUGCACGCCCCUCGACUUCCGAUGCAAAGGACGAUAGCGUUUCCGAGAAGGCUCAGUCAACGGUUAGCGCCGCGAGCCACGUUGUCGCCAACACCGCCCAGGCCACCUACGACGAGCUGAAGCAGAAACUUUCCCAGGCCGAGGCCAAAAUCGCCAGCCUGCAGGACAACAGCGGGUUGCGUCAACGUGUCAAGACAGAGAGCGAGAAGCUUCCCAGCACUCAAGAAGCUGCCGCGGCGAUAAGACAGGGAGUUGACGGAGUCUCAGUGCAGAUGGUUGCCAUCCUGUGUCUCCUCAGCUUCUUGCUUGCCUACUUCUUCUUUUGA